AUGGAGUCUCAAACACGGAGGAGGGUAUCGAGACUGAGCAGGGGCAGUGUCUGGUCCGCGGCCACAUGCGCCCAGCCGGACAUGCUCCAUUGCCGCGAGCACGGGGCCAAUACUAACGCACAACCUUCUCCAUCACCUCAAAGGUCCCUCGAAAAUGACAUUGACAAGACCAUUGUUUGGGUGACAAAGGAUCGAGACCCUACCAAGUUGGUCAGCAAUCACAUCGCCGUAUGGGGAGAAUGGAUCGGCCAGGGCAUCGGCCUAGAUGGUCUCGAUAAGAUCGCCGAGUCUAUCAGGGAGGUCCCCGGCACGCCGCUCGCAGGGCGCCGUGACAGAUCUGGCCAGACUCCCAGCACCAACGAAAGGCGAGACAUCGUCGCUGCAGAGUCACGCCUCUCGCUCAACCGGGACGGCUUCCUUGCCGACACAGUAUGGAACAUCUCCGCCCUUCUCGACCUGACAGACUCUGUGCGCUGGUCGCUAGUCACAAACAAGGCAUUGGGACCCAUGGAGAGCCGUCUCACUGCCCUUCUCGACGUGGUGCUCGCCAACGAGGCCCUCAAGACGUCGUCUGCAUCGAGGCUCCUGAUUGACUUCGACACAAUCAUGGGAGCGAGACUGGACAAGCUUAUCGAGGCGCUGCUGGACAAGAGCAACCAGCCUUCUCGGCCAGUCCCCGUGAGCUUCUUUGCGGCCAAGACGGCGGCCGGGGUCCUCCAGCGGAAGUGGCAGCUGCGCUUCCGCGAGGCCUACGUCUCACUCGAUCGCUUCAGAUACCACCAAAUGUUGACAGGGCAUCUUGUCGAGAUCUCGUUCAGCGCACCGGGUGCAGGCGUGCCUGACAGCCCUGCACUCUGGCGGGAGACUCGCAGGAAGGAGGCUCCCACCGAGCCCAAUAACAACCGCCGAUUUUACGCCGGCCACUGGUGGCUGAACAUCGUCUGCGCCCAUCGGGACGGCAUUGCCGGAAGCGCACGUCAAGUCCCAGCCAGGGGACGAAAUGGCGUUGUGGCACUCCCUCUUCUGUCCGGGAGGGAGGAAGUCCUGGAAAACGGCCGGAGCAUCUAUAUCCGAGAGAGCUCCCUUGUCGCAGAUAUGCACGUUUCUCUCAUGACCAAGGUCGGGCAGCGCAUAAAGAUACUGCGCGGAUCACAGCUGAGAAGUAUCUACGCCCCAUCUGGGGGGUUGAGAUACGACGGUUUGUACACGAUUGUGCAGUACGGACACAAGCUGAAUGAGGAUAUCGAGAUGUACCGACUCGCACUGGUGCUGGAGCGCGUGCCGGGACAGAAGAGCAUGAUGGAUCUGAAGGCGGUGCCGAAGCCAUCGCAGCUCGACGAUUGGAGACUAUACGAGCGGUUCGAGGGCGAAAAGCUCAAGUCGACGGUGGGUAGGAAGAAUUACUUGGCGUGGAAGACCAAGAAGAUGAAAGACAAGCUGGAGCAUGAGCAGUGGCUUGUCUCGAUAGGCCUGAAAAUCGGCUACCCACACUGGCGCACAACCCAAGAGGACGACAUAAAGCAAAAGGCAACAUCGAAGCAGGGACGGAGGCAGGCCAUUAGCUCUCGCUAA